GCCAUUGAAUGAUUCAAAAAGUAACAGUACUUCUUUGAUGUUUAAUCUGUUAAUUGAUAAAGAAAAAUAUAAUUAACAUGAAAUUUUUCGUAGCUUUGUUCUGUGUUAUAGCCCUGACGCUUAUUGGCUUGGGUGAAGCUGUAAGAACCAAUGAACAAAGAGAAGCAGCAAACAUUGCCGAAUUUACUGGAUAUAUGAAUGAAUUUUUGGGAGGGAUGGCGCAGAUACGUGGUCUUGAACCAAUUUUUCAAGCGAUUAAUAAUAACAUUGCAAACGCACAGCUCCAAACAAAACCAUUUUCUGAUGUCAUGAAACUAUACUUGAAGAUCCUUAAAGUGCACGAGGCGUUCACGGAUUAUAGAACAAAGGCCGCAAGCAUACAAAAGAAGAAUAAAAAUAAAGUGCUUGAUCCUCAAGUAAGCAAUCCUUAUGCAGCUGAAUAUGAAAAAGUGUUAAAGAAAACAAGGAAAUAUCUCGAAGACACCAUUACUCCUUUGAACAUUUAGAGAAAAAUUAUAUGCUGAGAAAAUUCAUGCCGAUCGUAUCGCACUUCUUCAAUAAAAUAUCAAAAAUUUGAUCAACAUCCAUUUUUCAAAACACAAUAAAUUGAAGUUCUUUUCCGCGCAAAUUUUUAUAUAUCUCUGAAUUAACGCAUUAAGUCUAUGUAAGCCUCUAAUUCCCUAAUUCAUAUAAGUUAAUAAUUAUUCGAUUUCCAAUUUUUACAUAACCAUGAUAACAAUUUGUAAUAGCUUCUGAAAGACCACCAAGAAACGCAAUUGAACUCAAAUAGAAAAAAUUAACUGAA